GUACGGCUGCUGCACACUACUAUUUGAUUAGUGCUCGUUCGAUAUCGGUCACCAUGUGAACUGUAAUCACUUUAUCUGCCUCAUUUGUUUAAAUAUAUUAGGGGAAAACUUUGCUGGCUAUCUAAGGCGUGCAAAUGUAGCCAAGUGAAACUGUAACCAGUGGUUUCAUCUAUUUCGGUCUAGUUCCCCUAGAAACAGAAGCACAAACAACGGUUUCAUUUGAAACUAACUGCACUGCAUGUUAAGUAUUUACCAUAUAAAACACCGCCAGUAUAUCGACAUACUUGUUCAAGUUGUUGAUGCGCCAUAUAGUCCUCUACGGCCUACCCCUAGUCCGAAACUCCGAGUACCGGCUGCCGGAGUGUGGUUAAAUUCGUGGUCUUUCAAAUGGAAAACAGGCAACGACGCCCCACACUAAUAACAAACCCCUUUGGAUAUUUUGGAAGCUAUGGCACUUAAUGAUAACGCUAGUUUGUGCCAACCUGGAGAUGCAGUUGAUGAGUUUGCAGAUGCAAUGGAGGAAACUGAAAGUCUGUCAUCAAUAAAUCUUAAUCGAAAAAGUCCAUCUCCAAAUGGGAUGAAUUUGGAGACAGCUAUUGAUCAUUGCAGGGAAGCACUGGAUUUGUUCUUUGAUAACAAACUAACAGAAGCACGGGCAAUUAUGGAACCAUGGAGUGAAACAAGCUACUAUCACGCUUUAGGAAAUAGUGUACUUGCUUUCCUUCAAGCAAUCCUUACUUUCGAGCAGAGAGACAUCGGUUUAGCAAUGGAUCUCGUCAAGCAGUCGAUUGAAAUCAGUAAUCAGUACAGACGAAAGACCACGCUUACGGAAUCCUUUGGCCGAAUAUUAAAAAGAACCGACUAUAAUUUGUAUACUGAAGAACAAAUUCAUGCCGAGCUUUGUUAUGCCGAAUCGAUGUUGUUGAAAGCAGUACUUACCUUUACGGAAGACGAAACCUUAAUGAGUUUUGUAAAAGGUGGACUAAAAAUCCGAUCUUGCUACCAGUCAUACAAGGAAUGUUGGCAUAUGCUUAAUCACCGGAAGUGGACAGAUGACCACCACAAAGUUCACUUCGAAAGUGGGGUUCGAUUAGGCGCAGGGUCUUUUAAUUUGAUGAUUUCCUUACUGCCACAGCGUAUUCUGAAACUCCUUGAAUUCAUUGGUUUUAGUGGAAGCCGGAAUGUCGGUCUAAGAGAGCUGGAGAAAGGUUAUGAAUUGGAGCGAAGUAUACGCCGUAUUCUUUGCGCCAUUGUCCUCCUCGGUUAUCAUCUGAUCAUCGUUUACGUGCUAAGCAACAAUGAAGGAAACCUAGUUCAAGCUAGUGCUAUUUUGGAGGAACAGUUAAAAUUGAAGCCAAACGGCGUUUGGUUUUUGUUCUUUAAAGGAAGGCUAGAACUUGUGCAGGCCCACGUCGAUGAUGCCAUUGUUUGGUACGAAAAGUCUUGGCAUUCCCAGAAUAGUUUCCCCCAGUUUCAUCAUCUCUGUUUCUGGGAACUCAUGUGGGCACACAGCAUGAAAAUGGAUUGGAAAUCAGCUGGGCAAUACGCCCGUCGUCUCUUUGAAGAGAGCAGGUGGUCAAAGUGCAUAUACGCCUAUGUUCAGGCAGCGUUUUUGUGCAUGGAUAAAGAGGAUGGAAACCUAUCAGAAGCCGAACAGCAUCGGUUAACCACCCUCAUGCGGGAUGUACCGUCAUACAAGCAGCGAAUAGCUGGGAAGUCAUUGCCGGCGGAAAAGUUUGUUAUUCGGAAGAGCACACGCUUUUUCGCGCAAGGUGAUAGACUGCGUCUUGCUGCUUUGGAGCUCCUCUACGUUUGGAACAUUUUGAAAAUUAUUGGAAAAGAAUGGGCGCUCAUCCAAGCUUGUUACCGUCUCAUUGAACGUACUAUAAAAGAUCUCGAGUCUGGCAAGCAAGAUAAAUAUUAUUCUGAUGAUCUGGCACUGGCAAUCCUUUUGAAAGGUUGUUGUCUUCGGUAUAUGGGAAGUCCCUUGCAAGCUGAAGAUUGCUUUCUUCAAGUAUCCAAAAUGGAAAAGCUUUUACAAGACGAUACCUACCUCAUUCCCUAUAGCGUGGCUGAACUAGGUUUUCUGUACCAUUCUCAGGAGAAAAAUGACCAAGCAAUUGUAUGGCUUGAAGCUGCAAAGAAUAACUAUAAAGGCUAUAGCUUAGAGUCAAGACUCCAUUUUCGCAUCCACGCGGCUUUGAGCCAACUGAAGUCUCCUAGUGACGAGGCCGAUUCUGGAGGAAACGAAGGAGAAAUGGUAAUGAGUGGUUUAGAUAGUGAAUUUCAACAACCUCCUUUAUUAGCCGAUGAAUCAAAGCGGACCACUAAACUAUGAGCAACUUGUAGUUUUGGUGUCUCCCAUGAUCGUCACUUUUGGUGGAGUUCUAAUUUCCUUCCAAAAUUAAAACUUAGUCACUAUUUGAAUCAUACCGGUCGGUUGUGAUUUCGUUGUAUUCGCUAUUGGUUGCACCGUCAAUGACUAAAAAUCCCUUUGUUGAAUAGUACCUCACAAGAGUCGCGUCGUUUUUCAUUUUCUCCGACCUUCUAUUUGUGUUAAAUGUUAAUUUGCUACAUUCCGAUAUUAUAUUGCUUUUCUUAGUGA